AUGGCAAUUCAAGGUCGUCGUGAUAUCAAAACUAGAGUGAAAAACUACUUUGGUUACACCGAGAAUACCCCUGAAACCAUCUCUGUAGCUAGCUGGGCCAAGAACUCAACCCCAGAUGCUCGAUCAGCAGCCACAAGCUAUUUCCUCUCCCUCUUCCCUUUCUUGCAAUGGGCACCUAGGUAUAACCUUACAUGGUUAUUGGGUGACCUCGUAGCUGGUAUCACUGUUGGUAUGGUUUUAGUACCACAAUCACUUUCAUAUGCCAAAAUCGCUCUGCUCUCACCCGAAUAUGGUCUUUAUUCAUCAUUCAUCGGAGUACUCACCUAUGCUUUCUUCGCUACUUCCAAAGAUGUCUCGAUCGGUCCGGUAGCUGUCAUGUCACUUGAAACAGGAAAUAUCAUUGCAUCAGUCCAAGAAAAAUAUGGAGAUCUAUAUUCAGCUCCUGUUAUCGCUACAGCUUUAGCUUUCAUCUGUGGAUUUGUCGUUUUAGCUAUUGGGUUAUUAAGAUUAGGCUGGUUGGUCGAGUUCAUUCCUCAACCUGCUGUAUCAGGUUUCAUGACUGGUUCAGCAAUCAAUAUUGCAGCUGGUCAAUUCCCUGCUGUAUUCGGUUUAGCCAAGAGAUUUGACACAAGAGCUUCAACAUAUAAAGUCAUCAUCAACACUUUGAAAAACCUCCCUUACAGUUCAUUAGAUGCUGCUUUCGGUGUGACUUCUUUAGCUUUAUUGUACUUUAUCAAAUGGGGAUUUGCUUGGGUAGGAAGAAAAUAUCCCAAAUAUGCUAGAGCAGCAUUCUUCGCUUCUUGUGUUCGACACGCUUUCACCAUCAUCAUUUACACUAUCAUAUCAUGGAGAAUCAACAUUCAUCACGUCAAGAAGCCUCUCAUCGCUUUAGUCGGUUCUGUUCCUUCAGGAUUGAGGCAUGUGGGUCGACCUGAAAUCACCGGUGAUCUCAUCGCUGCUAUCGGUCCUCACAUUCCCGUCGCCACUAUCAUCUUAUUGUUAGAGCACAUCUCAAUCGCUAAAUCAUUCGGUCGAUUAAACGGUUAUAAGAUCAACCCCAACCAAGAACUCAUCGCUAUUGGAGUGAACAAUACUCUCGGUACACUUUUCUCAGCUUAUCCUUCCACCGGUUCAUUCUCUCGAUCAGCUCUGAAAUCCAAAGCAGGUGUCCGAACUCCUGCAGCCGGUCUCGCCACUGGUGUAGUCGUCAUCGUCGCUUUAUACGCUGUCGCACCUGCUUUCUACUGGAUUCCUAACGCCACUCUGUCAGCUUUGAUCAUCCACGCCGUAGCUGAUUUAGUCGCCUCUCCCAAACACUCGUAUGGAUUCUGGAGAGUCUCACCUUUGGAAUACAUCAUCUUCGUUGGAGCUGUCCUAUGGUCAGUGUUCUACACUAUCGAAUCCGGUAUCUAUUGGUCAUUGGCCACUUCGAUUGUUCUUUUACUCGUCAGACUCGCUAGACCAAAAGGACAUUUCUUGGGUAGAGUCAGAAUCAAGCCUGAAGAAGUGGAAGCAGGACAUCAAAUUCGAGAUGUUUAUCUACCUUUAUGCUCUGAAUCACAUCAAGAUAUCCCCGUCGAAGCUCCUCCACCAGGUGUUGUCAUCUACCGAUUCGAAGAAUCAUUCUUAUACCCCAACGCAUCUUUGAUCAACGACAGAAUAGUGGCAUAUGUAAAGAAACAUACACGAAGAGGAAAAGAUUUCUCUGGUAUCUCAGCAGGUGAUAGACCUUGGAACGAUCCUGGACCGAAAGCAACAGUUACCGCAUCUACACUAGAAGAAGAAUCUUUGAAACCCAAGUUACGAGCUGUCAUACUGGAUUUCACUGCGGUAGCCAAUCUUGAUACUACCGGUGUACAAAAUUUGAUUGACACAAGAGUAGAAGUGGAGAAAUGGGCAGAUACACCGAUUGAUUUCCAUUUCUGCGGUAUUCUUUCACCUUGGAUCAGAAGAGCUUUGAUCGCUGGUGGUUUCGGUCAAGGUAACGCAAGAGCUGGAACUGCUUUAGAAGUGGCCCCUGCAGUAAUUGAGAAUCUUGAAAACGUCGCUUCUCCUGCUCCUCAAGCUGAAAGAGAUUCAGACGGUUUCCCAUUAAAUACAAAUAGACUUUCGGAUUUAGAAACUGGUCAACCGAGUGGAAGUGGAAGUGGAAGUGGUUCUUCAUCUACAAGAUCUUCAUUAGUAAACGAGAAGAACAAUAAUGGUGUUUCACUAAACAAAGAUGGUACAUACGAAAGAAGAAGACAAUCAGGUGGUUCAAAUGGACUUCCCUUAUUGGAUAAAUCAACUCCUUUCUUCCAUUUCGAUUUGCAUGAUGCCAUUAAUUCUUUACAUCUGGGUAAUGACGAGUAA